AUGGAUGACUUUCCUAUGGAUAAACCCCAGCUUAUGAAUUUGGCGGAAAAUCAACUGAAGAAUUAUAUUCGUCUAAAGAAUCAAUUUAGUGAUCAACAAGCUUUUGAUAAGAAUUUGUGUGAAACUAAGACUCAAUUCAUUGAGAACUCAAUUGAUUGUAGUUUUGGAGACAAUAAUGAAUUGAAUGACAAAUUAAUUGAUUUCAGAAAUUGUCAAAAAUUAUUGAAAAUUAAUGCCAAUUAUAAUGACAACCAAUUGAGUGAUGAAUCGGAAGAGCACCGGGAGAUACAGGGAUUGAAUGAAGUGUUGGACGAGAAUAGUGGUGACCCGGAAGCACAUGUUGUGUCAGAGGAUACACAAGAAGUGCAGACUUUGGACACAGAGGUCGACGAGAGAGACAGAGAUGAGACGGAAGGACCGGAAGAGGUGUCGGAAGUAGAAGAGAACGGAGAGAGUGGUGUCGGAGAGGAUGACAGAGAAGGCAACGAUAAUUGUGAACCCAUUGCCAGCACUAGUAGUUCGGGUGCUAAGAGUGUCCGCAAUGAGCGCCCAUUUGUGUGUUUUUGGCCCAAUUGUGGCAAACGAUUUGCUCAGAAACCACAUCUCAAUCAACACAAUAUGGCCGUCCAUUUAAAGCUCAAGACAUUCACGUGUGAUGUCGAGGGUUGUGGUCAACUAUUUUCUCAGAAGUCUAAUCUCCAUCAACACAAACGUUUCAAGCAUUCAGGGGAAAAGCCAUUUAAAUGUGAUUACAGUGAUUGCGGUAAAUGUUUCGCACGAAAAGAGAUUUUAAAUGAACAUAAAAAUGUCGUUCAUUUGAAGGAAAAGAGAUUUAAAUGCGAUUACAUGGAUUGUGACAAACGAUUCGCACAGAAACCCAAUUUAAAUAAACACAUAAAUGCUGUUCACUUGAAACUGAAACUAUUUGUUUGCGAUGAAGAUAAUUGCGGCAAAAAUUCGCCUCAAAGGCAGCACUUAUUGAUCGCAAAUGCAUUCAUACGGGAGAAAAGCCAUACGUUUGUGACCAUAAAGAUUGCGGCAAACGUUUGCCUGAUCCGUCAAAUUAUAGACGACAUGAACGCAAACAUUUGA